GGGUAUCAUUUUUGAAAUUUGAAAAAAAAAAGAAUUUUUCAAUAAAAUGAUCUUUUUAGUACAUAUUUGAAAACUACAGCCUACAAAAUAUUACAAGUACGUAAGUAUGGGUUCGCAAACAAAACAAGGUAGGUACCUAUGCAUGCUAAGAAACUUGAAAUUUUGACAUCCGAACCUGAGAUUGGCACCUCCUACUGAAAAUGUCCAGCUACGCCUAUGGUUUUAAUUCGAUGAAUCGCGAUUUCAACGCGAAUAUUUAUCUUUCGACGACAUGGUAGCAUCGCUUUGGUUGCUAUCCGCGGUUUUAACGGUAAAUUUUAAGUUUUUCGAGUUUUAAUUCACCUGAUGGUGACCGUAACGGUGUCUAGGCUAGGCCUGAACCGUAAGUACUUUUAAUCGUCUCAGACGACCGUUUUUAAUUCGCUAUUACGCGACCGAUUUCGCUAAGGCGACCGUACCAGUUUUAUUCGUCUGUUUCGUCGGCUGGAUUUGACCGUUUUUUGUCCAGUGUGUCGAGCAGAUUGACGGUUGAAGCACGUGUUACAUUUUGCCUCCAUUGUUACCCAGCAAAUGGUAAAAACUUGAGCCCAAUUAGAAGUUGAAGCUGCCAAACGUAAAGCUGAAAAGAAUAGAAAGAGAAAAGAAAGAAGAAAGGCAAGACAAUCAGCACUGGCCGACGAUAUUGAGAAUAACGAAGAAGAAGAACAGCCCAUUGCCAUGGCCUACAUACCUGUUCAAGUUGAACGAACGCAGCAGUUCGAUGGUGCCGAAGUUUGGUACGACUACGAUGGCUGGAUUAUUUGCCUAAAGAUUAGCUUGGCUGCCUUAGGCCUAACUAUAAGGCCUGUGAUUCGGCUGAAGCUGAGACUCCGGAAAAGCGAGCGCAUGCCAUGGAUACGAUUUAUUCGAUGAUGACUCAAGGGUUGGCGCAGAUGUUUCCGCAGACGACUCCGUAUGUGAUUUUACAAGCGCUCGAACAACGUUAUGGCACGAAAACCGCCGCCCAGAAGUGCGCCUAGCAAACCUGCAAAUAGGCCACUGUAAAACACCUCAAGAAUAUUGCGAUAUGGUUAGAAAACUGUGUACCGACGUUGGUGAGACCGACGAAGCUGCCUGGCUGUUAAAUGGACUGCCGAAGAACGCUGCCGGUGAAAACGUACGUAUUUCUGCUCAUACAGCGAUGCUCAUGAAUGGGAAUACCACCGGAAUUCGUGAAGCAAUCAUUGAGGCUUUUUGUGUUGGUGAAUCGUCGUCGUCAUCGUCUUCUGCCACGCCGAGGUCGUCCGCCAUGUCAGCUGCCAGUGAUACAAGACCUACGUGUCAUUACUGCCACAAGCCAGGUCACUUUGCAUGACAGUGUCCUCUGAAAAAUGGGCUUUUUCUAUCACGUAUGAAAGUUGUCGUCUAUACGUUGCCAUAUUUUUUUCCUGCCAGAUUGUUUAGGUGCUAAAGUGAAGUCUCAUUACUUUGUUUCAAGUUGAAACGGUGCACAUAGGUUAUCCGUUCCUUAAAUUUACUAGAAUGGCUGCGUCUGUCGACUAUUAUCGUGUGCUUGAAAUCACUGAAACCGCAAACGUAAAUGAUAUCAAAAAAGCGUACAAAAAAUUAGCUUGGAAAUGGCGUCCUGAUAAAAAUCUGGAGAACGCAGAUGAGGCCAAUAAAAAAUUCAAAGAAAUUUCCGAAGCUUACGAAGUCCUGUCCGACGAUAAAAAUCGUAAAAUAUACGAGCAAUACGUCAAAAAAAAAUUGGUAAAGGGCGGCGGACGUUCGAGCAACCGCCAAAGAAACAGACAUAACGCCGAAAGCAGGAACUUCGAUUUUGUAUUUCGAGAUCCUGAAGAAGUAUUCAGAGAGUUUUUAGAUUCUUGCGACGUAUCUGAAUUAGGUCAAAUGGCUAAAGUUCGAGUAUGCAACGUCAAUGUGCUAAAUAAUCCUUCUCCUUUCAACAGCCCAUCUGAGGUUGAAGUGACAGAUUGGAAUAGUGCUAGUGAUAUAAGCUGCGAAGAGAUAUGCCAUUCGAAAACUCCGCAUAUUAGAUUCCAUAUACCGGAGUUAGAAAAUAUAUUAAUAAAAGCCGUUUGCGAAUUCCGUAAGAAAAACUUGUACAUGGACUGUAAAUUGGUCGUCAGUUCAGCCAGCGUAGUAAAGGCGCAUAAAAUUAUUCUGAGUGCAAUGAGUCCAUAUCUCAGGCAAAGGCUGAGCAACGAUGACGAAACUUUUCCUAUCGUCGAUUUGAAUGAUGUGGAAUUGGAAGAUCUGGAAUCCAUUUUGGAUUUGAUGUAUAAAGGCAACGUAUGCAUCUCAAGUAGUCGUUUACCAGUGUUCUUAAAACACGCCGAAAAAUAUGGAAUGGAAGUUACGACAGAGGAACGAGAGAAUGCUGAGGUUUGUGUCAAGAUACCAACACACGGAAAAACUAUGUUUGAAAUGAUAGGCGGUUUUUUUAAGUCCGGAGAAAUUAUUGAUUUUGUGAUUGAAGCCGAAAAUACAUUCGGGAAAGCACAUAAAGUGCUGUUCAGCGCAUUUAGCCAAUAUUUCCAUGUAACAUUGAACGAUGAUUACAACAAACUUCCGAAGGUUAUUAUGAAGGAGUUGGGACUUAAUGCAUUGAAGUCCUUAUUUUGUUUAUUUUACCUGGGUGCAACGUGUGUGCCCCUGAAUAGUAGUUCGGAAGUAGAAAAAUUUUUUCAAAAGUUGAGGAUACCCUUUGAAAAGGAAUCGCGAGGAGGAGAAAAUGUCCAAAAAUUCGAGGGUGAAGGAAACGUACCUGAUACUAAUGUACAUGAAAAGGAUCCUACGCUCAGAGAAAUCGAGCCUGAAGAAAGCGUACCGGACACCGAUGUACGUGAAACGAUUCCUGCUGUACGAAUUAUGAAAGGAAAAACUCGCAGCGAAUCGUAUAUCUCAACUCUGAAGUGUCCUAGUUGUGAUUUCACAAUUAAAGAAAUGGCCAAUCUUACCGAGCAUUUGGUGGAUGAGCACGGUACCGCAUUAACUAAUGAUGAAUUCAGCGAAUUAGCGCUACACAAGAGUUGAGCGAUUAGUUUAUUAUAGUUGUGAUAAUUUCUUAAUUGUCAGCUUAUUAUGCGUUAGAAUUUUUUUUUAAAUUUAUAUUUUUUGAAGAAUGUAUAUAGGUAUAUGUUU